AUGCCCAGCGAGAGGACGCCGCUGAUCACAACCCACCAGGCUGGUCCUCAGAGGCAGCGAUACCAUCACAAUGUCGCCCGCCGCUUCUGCACCAUAGCCUUAUCUUCCACCUUGAUAUGGGUCUUUUUUACCUGGAUCACAACCGCAAUCCUGGGUCGUGGCCCGGCCCACCGACACCAUGGCCACGGUGACUGGUCGUGGCCUGGCCAUAAGAAUCGCCGGUUGGAUGACGAGGGCCUCCGCAAGGUCUUGACCCAAACCCCGAGCAGUGAGCUCGCCGAGGAGUGGAGCCGCUACUACACCUCUGGACCUCACCUCGCCGGCCAGAACUACUCACAAGCCGAGUGGACCAGGAACAAGUGGGAGUCAUGGGGAAUCGAUUCGAGCAUUGUUGCUUACGAUGUCUAUCUGAACCGUCCCGUCGACCAUAGGCUGGCCCUACUUGAGAAGGCGACAGGAGGCAAGCAUGAUGAGGACCUGUCUCUUUCCAAGCCUAGCUGGGAAGUCAAAUUUGAGGCUUCUCUCAAGGAAGACAUCAUCGACGACGACCCGACUACGGCCCUUAACAAUGCUAUCCCGACAUUCCAUGGGUACUCGGCCAGCGGCAACGUGACCGCCCAAUUUGUCUACGUCAACUAUGGUACCUACCAGGACUUUGAGGAUCUUGUCAAAGCAAAUGUGUCACUCAAGGGCAAGAUUGCCAUUGCCCGCUACGGUGGCAUCUUCCGGGGGCUCAAGGUCAAGCGUGCACAAGAACUUGGCAUGACCGCCACGGUCAUAUAUUCCGACCCUGGAGACGAUGGUUCCACCACGGACGAAAAGGGAGAGAAGCAGUAUCCCGAAGGCCCUGCACGCCAGGCCAGCAGUGUCCAGCGCGGCUCGGCACAGUUUUUGAGCAUCGCGCCCGGCGACCCAACCACUCCCGGUUAUCCCUCCCUCCCCGGUGCUCCGCGACAAGAUCCGCACAAUGCCAUUCCCCAGCAUUCCUUCCAUUCCUAUCUCGCACUGAAUGGGCACGGUCCCAGCUCGGACGAGUUCAACAAGUACUGGACCAGAAACCGUGGUCUGCAGUACAAGGGCGUCAAGUACAACGUGGGACCCUCGCCGCCUGGACUAGUUCUGAACUUGUACAACGAGCAGAAUUACAUUACUACUCCCAUCUGGAACGUCAUUGGUGUCAUCAACGGCACCAUCGAAGACGAGGUCAUUGUGGUUGGCAACCACCGGGACGCAUGGAUAAUCGGUGGCGCAGGAGACCCAAACAGUGGCUCUGCAGUCAUCAACGAGGUCAUUCGUAGCUUCGGCAAGGCUCUCGAGAGUGGCUGGAAGCCACUACGAACGAUUGUGUUCGCUUCUUGGGACGGCGAGGAGUAUUCAUUGAUCGGCUCAACCGAAUGGGUUGAGCAAUAUCUUCCCUGGCUGACCAAUGUGAACGUGGCCUAUAUUAACACCGACGUCGCCGUGGCGGGGCCGAACUUCAAGGCAUCAGGUGCGCCAUUGCUCGACCAGCUACUGUACGAUAUCACAUCACAGGUUCAGAGUCCUAACCAGACGGUCGAGGGACAAACUGUCCGAGACGUAUGGGAUGGUCGCAUUUCCACCAUCGGCAGUGGUAGCGACUUUACUGCAUUUCAGGACUUUGCAGGCAUCCCAUGCGUCGACAUUGGCUUCUCGGCCCACCCGGACGAUGCGGUCUACCACUAUCACAGCAACUAUGAUAGCUUCUACUGGAUGCAGAACUUUGGUGACCCGGGCUUUGUUUACCACCGCACCAUGGCCCAGAUUUUGGGCCUUGUGGUUGCCAAACUGGCCGACAAACCUGUCAUACCAUUCGGAGUCAAGAACUAUGCCGAUAAGCUGACGAGCUACAUCGCCAGGGUCGAGGACAAAUUGGACGCCGCCAUGGCGGGUAUCACCUUGGAGUCUCAGCCGGAUCUGAGUACUGAACAGCAUCUAUUUGAGCUUCGCGCGAGCCACCAUGUUGAUACCACACAGCCAAAGGGCAGCGCAGAGGGCUUUAAGCGCGAACUGGCACGCCUGCGUGAGGCUGCCAAUACGUUUUCUCAAAGAGCCAAGGCCGCGGAUCAUCUCGCCAACAAGCUCAGGAAGCGUGUGGAAGACGAGUUGCCCUGGUGGCAAUGGCCUGCCAAGAUUAAAUUGGGGUGGGAUAUCCGUAAGCUUAACAACAAGCUAAAAGUCAUUGAGAGGCAGUUCUUGUACUCCAAGGGGCUGGAUGGAAGAAGCUGGUUCAAGUCUGUCAUAUUUGCCCCAGGGUUGUGGACUGGCUACGCCGGCGCCGUGUUUCCUGGUCUCCAGGAGAGUAUUGACUCGAAGGACUUUGACAAUGCUAUCCGCUGGGUGGACAUCAUCGAAGAUUGCAUCUACAAAGCCGCUGGCGUAUUGCGGCUAGAGGACGGCGAGUGA